UCCCGUUUGGAUUAGCCGCGGCGGUCCUUUUUUCAACAACUCGGCCUCUUCGCGUCCUUCCUGACGAAAAAACUUGGCAGUUGUAUACAGGUCGGAGUCUUUGUGUGUGGAUAUUUUUGUGGACAUCUCCCAGCCUGCUGUCUGACACAAAGAUCCAAGAUGGCGCCGUGCAUGUGAAAUGAGUUGCGGGCUGGGCCUGGUCGGAAGCGAUUUUCCUCCUCACUUUCUCCGUCUAGCUUCAUCCAGAACACACAGAUCAGGAAGGAUUAUCUCCUGACAUAGUCGGAAGCGUCGGUUUGAAAGAAUACCCCAGGAUAAUUCACCGAGGCGAGAUAUUGUGUCCACUAUAGCGGGACCGUUCCUUCAGUUCGUCUGUCAUUUUUGGAGGCUGGAAUAACAGGAAGCCAUGAGUGAGGUGUCUAUAGCACAAGCACGUGCCUCGGUGAUGAUCUAUGAUGACGGCAACAAGAAGUGGAUACCGGCAGGCGGCUCAUCGGGGAUCUCACGGGUGCACAUCUAUCAUCAUCAGGUUAACAGCACAUUCAGAGUCGUGGGACGCAAGCAGAACGACCACCAGGUUGUGAUAAACUGUGCAAUACUGAAGGGACUCAAGUACAACCAGGCGACCCCCACCUUCCACCAAUGGCGCGACGCACGGCAGGUCUACGGUCUCAACUUUGGAAGCAAAGAGGACGCAGACGUCUUCGCCGGCUCCAUGCUGAAAGCGCUAGAGACAUUGAGUCAACAGGGAUCAGGUCCCCGGCCCCCCAGCCAGACGUCAGGCGCUCCCCCGGCGUCCUCAGCCCAGUACCAGUCCUACCCGAACCAGCAGCAGAUGCAGGGACAGUUCCAAAAUGUCAACGGACCAUCCAUCGAGGAGGAGGACAGGAUCAGGUGGGGACAAGAUGAUCAGGCGAUCAGUCCGUACCCACAACAGCGAGAACAGCAAAUGCGUGAGCAGCAGAUGGCGGCACAGAUUAACCGGGCGCGGGAGCUGAUGGAACAGGAGCGGGCACGAGAACGGGAGCGGGAGAAAGGGCCACAGGCAGGGGAGUGGUCGCCAGCCACCUCACAACCUACAGGACCAGUCCAGAGUCAAUCCCCAGCCCCAGCUGCCCCCACCCCUCCCACCCCACCUCAAGCCCCCACCACACCAGCCCCUCCCCCUGCCCCUCCGGCACCACCAGCCCCUCCAACC